GCGCGGGGGCGUCCGAGCGGCCGCCUCGGGCCGGGACAGCCAGGCGGGCUACGCGGCGGCGGCGGCGGUGGCGGGCCAUGGCUUCCGAGGUGCGCGUGUCGCGCUGGUACUUCGGGGGGCUGGCCUCCUGCGGGGCCGCCUGCUGCACGCACCCGCUGGACCUGCUCAAGGUGCACCUGCAGACGCAGCAGGAGGCAGCGCUUCGCAUGAGCGGGAUGGCCCUGCGGGUGGUGCGCUCAGAUGGCUUCCUGGCGCUCUACAACGGCCUCAGUGCCUCCCUGGGCCGCCAGAUGACCUACUCCCUGACCCGUUUCGCCAUCUACGAGACUGCUCGGGACCACUUGGCCAGGGACAGCCAGGGGCCCCUGCCCUUCCACCAGAAGGUGCUGCUAGGGGCCAUCAGCGGCUUCAUCGGCGGCUUCAUGGGGACCCCUGCUGACAUGGUCAACGUGAGGAUGCAGAACGAUGUCAAGCUGCCCCCGGCUCAGCGCAGAAACUACGCACAUGCCCUGGAUGGCCUGUACCGCGUGUUCCGUGAAGAGGGGCUGAAGAAGCUGUUCUCCGGCGCCACCAUGGCCUCCAGCCGAGGGAUGCUGGUCACCGUGGGUCAGCUGUCCUGCUACGAUCAGGCCAAGCAGCUGGUGCUGAGCACAGGGUACCUGUCGGACAACAUCCUCACACACUUCAUUGCCAGCUUCAUCGCGGGCGGAUGUGCCACAGUGCUGUGCCAGCCCCUGGACGUGCUCAAGACGCGCCUGAUGAACUCCAAGGGCGAGUACCAGGGCGUCCUCCACUGUGCCCGGGAGACAGCCAAACUGGGACCACUGGCCUUCUACAAGGGCCUGGUGCCAGCUGGCAUCCGCCUCAUGCCUCACACCAUGCUCACCUUCGUGUUUCUGGAACAGCUUCGCAAGCACUUCGGUGUCCGAGUGUCCUCCUGACCCUGUGUCCGCAGCUUCCCCACCUCCCAUGUGCCUUCUCCCUCCCUGGGCCCAGCCUAGCCUGGGCAUCUGGGGUCCCUUGUCCUCUCUGCCUGGCCAAAGCACCACCUUCCAGCAGCUUCGUGGGGGGGCGGAACCAGGUGGCAGACGGGGGCCCACCCUGAGUUCCCCCGCAGAUGCACAUUCCCGGGCCGAGCCCAGUAGCCGCCUCGCUUCAACCUUCAACUUCUGCCAAACCUCAGGCCUCAGUGGGCCUCUGGGGGCUCUUUCCCGCCGCUGCCAGCCCUCGCCUGGCUCUCGGGGCCUAGGGCUGUGCUGGACGGGGGUCUUCCCUCUCUGUGCAUGCCAGUAGCCCCUCGAAUUUCCCAGGAGCCAGACAACAGCGCUGCCAAGGGAGCUUGCGUGGGAUACUGUCAGGGCUGGGCCUCUUGCCUUCAGGGACCCCUUUCUGCGCCCCCGUGGGCUCCUCUCUGCAGAGGUGCUAAUAAAGCGCAGGGAAUGCU